AUGCGCGACUUCUGUCCCAAAGCCUGGUCAGCAAUCUGCGAGCUUUGCGGCGGCGAAGACCGCAUCGAUACCGGUUCCUCCACGACUCCCGGCCUCGACUCUUCCGUCCAAGACAUUUCUCUCUCAGUAAUCAAUGAUGGUUUCAUUGUCAACGUGGGCAGCAAAACAGACGAAGCCAAAUGGAGAGACGCCUCCGUACGCGGCACCCCCUCAGGCCCCAACCACUUGACACCUGCACAGCAAAAGUUGCUUGAUCCACAUGACAGAAACAAUUGGCAUGUCGACGGUGACUUCUUCCACCAUUUCCUGGAUAGCAAAGAGCAAGCUCUUCUGCCUAUCGUCUUGUUCAAGGACAUUAAGAUUGGAGGUGGGGGCACGAUGAUAUGUCCUGACGCCAUACCCACAAUGGCCGAGCAUCUGUACAAGCAUCCAGAAGGCUUAAUGCCUGAUAUGACGAACAUUGAAGGCAGAGAGAAGCCCUACAAAGAUUUCAACCAUGGCUUUUUCGAUGAAGCGGUAAAGCCUGUGGCAAAGGACAAAUUCAAGACUGCCACAGGAAAAGCGGGAGAUAUCUAUCUCUUGCAUCCUUUGAUGGUGCAUUCGGCUGCUCCGAAUUACUUGAGAGGCAAGUACAUUCACUCGUUAACACCUGCCUCAUCAAUUCUCUCUUUGCAUCUUUCUCAGAUACACCUCGCUUUCCAUCUAUACAUCACUAACUCUGACUCUUCUUGCCACANNGAGCCACGCUUCAUCACCAACNCCCCAGUAGCCUUGAAGCAACCCUUUAAUUUUGACCGACCAGACGGAAGCGCCUACAGCCUAGUGGAGCAGAAAACACUCAAUGCACUAGCUCAACCUGAAGGGCUCAAGGGGUGGAAGAUUACCACAGAGAGAAAGCAGAUCGUGCCAGAGAGAGUCAAGGAGCAAGCAAAGAUGAAGAAGAUUUGA